AUUUGAAUCAACCUCCCCAGCACUACCACCCACUUCCGAGCUCGACUUGAAAGAGACAGACGGACGCAGCGCACAUAACACACCUCCCUCCUUCCUUCCCUCCGGCGUGCACUGCCCGUCUCUCCCUCUGUCACCACAGACUCUCCACCGAUUCACCUCCGGCUGCCUCAUCCAGGCAUGGCAGACGGCUUUACCCCAUCAUGGCAGUGCUACAUUACACCCUUGACUUCAAGCUCCGUGCGCCAGCUGAUGUCUCUGCGACUGUGCGUGGCCUGCAGUCUAUAUUUCAAGAGCAGGAAAUGACAGAGAAUGUCCAUGACUCGGAGGGACACGGAUAUCUGGCAACCUUUGUCGGCAAGAAUGGCAGGUUUGCCAUCUUACGAAUGCACUCCCAUGGUCUGGUGACCUUUGACCUGCAGUGUCUUGAAGGGGAUGAUGUAGCGCAAGUGGACAAUGUGAGUUAA